UCCGGUGCCUUGAAAACUGUUUUUAUUUGUGAGCUAGAUCUAGAUUUACUCCUUUCUAACUCUAUAUCUAGAUUUUCUAGAUGUCAGAUGACAUGUCUGGAUCUAAAUACUAAAUAUUAUUUCAUAUAUUGAUCUAAUAUAGAAUAGAUCUAAUAAAACGAUGGCUGAAAAAAGAGAAUCAGUUCGCAUCAAAGAUGGUCAGCAGGUGAGGGUUCUAGAUGAAGCUUCACGCCGGCGUAGGCAGCGUAAAGCACUUGAAGCUUUAGAAGAAGACAAUUUUUCUGAAGAUCCACAUGCAGACCUUAAGAUGAGUAAAAGGGCUCCCAAGUUUGAAGAAGUAAUGGACACUUCAACAAAUUCUGGUCUCAAAAAGAAGAGAAAGUCUCGAGGAGACUUCAAGUUACGGUAUCGCAAGACAUUUGCUGCAUUAUUAGAAGAAGAGCACAUGUUAAAUAAAGAUGGACCAUCCUACAUUACUGCAUGUGCGCCACCAUCAAAAUGGCCAGAGAGAAAAUUUUGUGCGGUCUGUGGCUUCCCUUCAAGCUACACCUGUGUUCAGUGUGGAGCCAGGUACUGCACGGUCAAAUGUCUGGGGACACACCAGGAUACCAGGUGCCUGAAAUACACAGCAUAAAAGAUCUUGGGAUGUUCUUUAGUGUAAUAAUGUAAGCGCACCAUGAUGGAUGUGACUUGACUGUCCUAUCACACAUGAUAGAUGACCAGUGGACAUCUCUGACCAGACCUAAGUGCAAUAAGUGGUCAAGUAGGCCAUUAUAGAAAACAAGCCAACAGCCACACUGACAAACAUGAAAUGACAAAAAAUCUUUUGAUAUUUUUUAUUUUUUUUUCCAACUCAUUUUGAAAAUAAAUUUGAGUAGCCAAUACAAACA